AUGUCAACUACAACACCACAGCCUCCGUCGUCUAUCGACUACGCAAAGCUCAACCAUAACCUCGCCAUAGCAACUGUUAUCAUCUGCCCCGCGCUCAUCCUCCUCCCACCACGAAAACUAGACUUCUACACAUUUACCCUCCUUUCCACCACUCUCCUCGGCGGCAACCAGCUGGCACAAGAUUACACGGGGCGCAGUCUUGUCGUACGAGUACAUGAAGCCGCUGAGCAGCUGAAGGAGAACUCGUUAAGGAAGAAGGAGGAAAGGCAGAAGUUCCAACAGAAGCAGAUGGAUCAGGAUAGAGAGGCAUUAGUGGGGAAGAUAAAUAUGAAUAUUGAAGGGGGUAAAAGUAGUGUGUUGGAGGAAUUAAGGAGGACACAAGACGAGGCUGGAAGGGCGCAGUGGAAGGUGGAGCGGGAUAAGAGAGAGAAAGAAGCGGCUGAGGAGGGGCGAGGCUAUGGGGAUCUGAUUAUGGAUCAGGUUUGGGAGGUGUGGAAUUGGAGGAAGAAGACAUCGGAUGCUGAUGAGGAUGAGAAUAUCGACGAAGAGAAGAAAGAUGGGAAACGAUGA